CCCCUCCUCCUCCUCCUCCUCCUCCUCCUCCUCCUCCUCCUCCUCCUCCUCCUCCUCCUCCUCCUCCUCCUCCUCCUCCUCCUCCUCCUCCUCGCGUCCACUAUGACAGACGAGGCUGGCCACUCCACCGUCCCCUGGCUCACCGCCCCUCCCGCCACGGCUGCGGCGGCGGCGGCAGCGGCGGCGGCAGCAGCGGUAGCCUCCUCUUCCUCUUCCACCUCCUCCUCCUCCGUCUCCCCCAUCACCACCUCCACCUCCGCCUCGGCCUCCGUCGGCUCCGAGCCCUCCGUCAACCAGAAGCUGUUCCUCGUGGUCAGCGUCGCCCUCGCCACCGUCUGCUUCUUCACUAACGUCGUGCAGGUGGCUGUGUUCGCGAGGCCGUCCGCCAUCCGAUCGGUGAAGGGCGUGCUACUCCUGUCGCAGGCCCUCAGCGGUCUCGUUGCCUCCUUCGUCGUGGCCUUUCCCAUCCACGUCAUCUCGGCGAGGGGAGGCUCGGCCGUCGGGGAGGAGGGCUACACGGCAUGCUACCUGGGCCACUCCGCCGUGAUCCUCCUGACGGCGCUCACGGCCCUGGGGACGUCCACGCUGCUGCUCCUCCAUCAGUACAUCAAGGUCAACCAUCCGCGAAGGUUCAUGACGGCCGGCACCAACGUGGUGGGCUGGAGCGUGGCCGUGGGCGCCGUGUGGUGGGUGGCCGUGAUCGUGUCGGUGCUGCCCUACAUCGGCUGGAACUCCUGGGAGGCCCACGACGAGAGCUGCCAUCUCUCCACCCUCUGGCCGCUGUCGUUCACCGCCUUCCUCACGUUCCUGGUGGGCGGCCACAUCGCCUCGGCCCUGCUCAUGUGGGCGUCCACCCGCGCCACGCAGCUGAAGGCCAUGACGGUGCGCAGGGGCCCCGCACCCGCCAACGCCUGCAAUGACCCAGAGGAGGCGCCCAUCUCCAACUGCGCCCAAGGAGCUAACAGCAGCAGCAGCAUCGGCAGCGUCCGCGUGGGGGGCUGGUGCGUGAGUGUGGCCUCCCUCGUCCCGAUGUUGGCUCACGUGGUGGUGGCCUCGUCGUGCGCCGUGUCCUCCCAGUGCCAGGCCACCCCCCAGCAUUACCACGAAGAAGCAUCCGCACUGCCCUGGUCCUCCCUGUUGCUCGUCGCGGCCGCAGUCACCAACCCGCUGCUCUACGUCUUCACUGAUGACCAGGUCUCCUCCGUGACGCUGUUCCUCCUGUCCCGCUUCUGCUGCUGGUGGUGCGAGCGACGCAAGCAGCGCCUCGUGCCUCGCCAGCAGGAGCCUCACGACACGGAGACCAACGUCUACGUGACCAACGACACCGACCACCUCGUGUCCGACAACAGCUAAAGUGGCGGCCGACCCACGCACUCGCGCUCUCUUUGUCACCCAUGAUCUCCAUAAAGCUUCGAAGCGCACAAAAACGCUGUAGUAACGCUUUUUGAAGUAAUUUUCAUACGUCUCACGGUUAGUCCGGUCAGUCCGGAUAGGGCCCAGACCCCCCCAAAAUACAGUACCUAACAAUAGCCGUAACUAAAAGGUUACGCGUUCAGGUCAACUUGUCUGUGCUUCGCUAGAUCCCAAGACACACGAAACGCUCCACACACAGAGGACAAAAAUAUAAUAGUUCCCUCGCUUCCUCACCCAACUUUGAACAGCUUUCCUCCAAACUCUUACUGGUGCUCUUGGUAUUAAACGGUAUUUUCUCUCCAGUGUACAAUGCAAUAAAACAGUUCAGUUACAAGCUCUCUUCCAAGUCAGAUUUUUUUGCUCAAAUGUAGCAGUUCUAAUUCAAAAAUACUCUGAUUCCCCAUGCCAUGCCAGCCAAAUGAAUCAUGAAUCUGGUUUUACUCAAAGGUAAACGUUGAUGGGUGUUGAGACAGACAAGAACAACUUUAUACUCAAAUACGUUAAUACCUAGCAUACUACCUUCAAGGUAAACGCUAGUUUCAAAUAACUGCACUGAGGGUAUGCCAUCAAUAGAAAAAUUAAAAUCUAAAACAGGAGUGAAAUAAAUUAUAAUUUCUGAAAACUGCAAUUAUUUAAACCAACAUUACACCAACAACUUCAAAAGCUCUCCUUCAAUUUUUAUGCAACACAUGAUUCAUUGGGAUAAGAAUGCUAUUGUAAUUAUCUAUCAUUUCAUUGCAAUCCUUACACUCACUAAACUUUCCAAAUAUUUUCACUUUUUUACAAAUAUUAGAGAAUUACCAGGAAUGUUAGAAAAAAAUCACUUCUUGUUGUGAAAUCUUCCAUUAGUCUGUCUGUAAAACUUAUAGAAAAAACAUAAGAAUGCCAAUGGACUGAAAUAAAAUAAUUCCAUAAUUUAAUGUUGUAAAGGUUAUUGCCAACUCAAAGACUCUUUAGAAAAUAGCUUUACUUGUACCAUUUAAAUGUAGCCUGCCUGAAGAACAGCUUUAUGUGUAAUGUAUGAUUAUAACUCAUUAGCUCUUCAUAUUGUAAUAACAUUUCAAUAUACUGAUAGGCAUUACCCAUAGCAUAUAGUAAAAAGAAAAGCUUAAAAUGAAGAACGUUCCUACUUAACUCUCCAGGACUCUGUAUAAACUGCUAAUGAAAAAUAAGUAUGGAUCCUUUGAAUCCCUCUGUGCUACUUGAUCUCACUCUCCCCUUGCAACAUUGUCUGAAAAGAGGCAGCAUCUCCCAAAUUCCACAUCAAGGUACAGACUUGCAGAAUAUGUGUGGCUUACUGUUAUUGAUACAUAGUGGCAUCAUCCAUACUCUUAAUAUGUCUCCUUAUUUAGGAACCAUUGCAAUGCAACACAGGAGAAUGUGCAAUGCUUGCAAGUGGUGAAACACAUGAUGGUUUCAUAAAGCAAUAACCUUCCCCUUGAAAAAAUAAAUAAAUAAAUAAAUCAUAACAAAACUGUAAGAAAUAUAUCCCCUCUACAUUACAUCUUUUUUCUCCUCCAUUCUGCAUGAAGUUAGACAGAAAACUAAAAAUGAAAACCGAGACUGCAGGAUAAUUUUACAGAAUUAUAUAAUCAUGCUAACAACAUCAGAUCACCCUGACAUUCCACUGUGCUUAUUUCUUAUAUACAAGUACGUCUUCGCUAAAUUUGGAAGAGUGAUCUACCUUGCUGCGGUAGAUCAAAGUUUCGCUUGGAAUAAAGGUAAAUAUUGUACGGACAAGAUUAUUUUUUCCUGGUAAUCUAGCUAAAAAAAUAUAUAUAUAUAUACAAAUAAACAUACAUCUGCAAAUCCUAGAAUACUAUAUAUGUUAUGGUGUGGAUGUCCUUUCUGUUUCAUCACUGGGAUUUUCAUUUAUGUGUAACAAUCAACAGUUAGUCUUAAUAAGGAUACAAGGAGCCAAAGGUAGCUACCACAAAUCUAAUAAGAUCCUGGCUUUUUACAUUCACUGUCGAGACAAGCGGCAGUCUUUGUAUCAUAUCAAAGCAUCAAAAAUUUCCCAGACUUUGCCUCCUCUCUAGUGGUACAUAAUAUUUCAUG